ACGUUUUAUAAGCUCUUUUUUACAGAUAUCUGCGACUGUGUUUGUUGUAUGCAUUAAACUUUAGAUAUGUCUAGCUAUGAUGAAGGUUAUAGCAUUGAACAAGAUUCAGACUUGGUUAAUGCAUCCGGAAAUGGUCAUUAUUAUAAUACCGACCAAAGCUUUAAACGCCCUUAUGAUGAAACUGAGGAAGGUGGGGAUGAAUAUAGCCCAUCAAAACGUGCACGCCAUCAAACCCACAUACAAAUGCGUUGUUUAGUUCCUGCAAAAUGUGCUGGUGGUAUAAUUGGCAAAGGAGGUACAAAUAUCAAAGAUAUGAGGGACACAUUUAAAGCCCAGAUAAAUAUUCCUGACAGCGAUUCAAGGGAAAGGGUCUUAAGGAUCAGCGCCAGCAUUGAAAGUUGUGGGGAAAUUUUGCUCCGCACUUUACCUGUUAUCAAUGAAGCAGCAUUAAAUGGGCCCGGUCGAUUUGGUCGAGAUCCCAAAGAUGACAUGAGUAUAAAGUUACUGGUGCACCAAAGCCAAGCUGGUGGUAUUAUUGGGGUAAAAGGGUUCAAAAUCAAAGAAUUGCGGGAGAAGACUGGUGCCACUAUCAAAGUUCAACAGGAUUGUUGUCCCAAUUCCACUGACCGCGUUUGCAUGGUAGCUGGCAGUGCUGAAAUCAUUUCAUCCUGUGUUGUCCUAAUCCUUGAACUGCUUGAAACCAUCCCUCCAAAAGGGCCGAUACAAAAUUUUAAUCCAGGAUUUGGAUUUGAUAAUGAGUUUGAUGGGGGGUUUGGAGGUGGUGGGUUUGGAAUGGGUGGGUUUAGAGGAGGGCGUGGUGGAUUCCCAAUGGGUCGGGGCAACUUUAGAGGGGGUAGAGGAAAUGGUGGUGGGUUUCAGGGUGGGCGAGAUGGUGGCUUUGGGGGUAGAGGGCGUGGUGGUGGGUUUGGUGGCAGAGGUGGAAGGGGGCGAGGGAAUUUUAAUAAUCGUGGUGGGGGAAGGGGUGGCAGAGGUUCCCGGGGUCGAGGUGGAAAUAGAGGGGGAGGUGUUAAUUUUUAAAGAGUUCUCCGGCAAUUUCUAACCAAACUUUUUAAGAACCAUGUCCAUGUUGGCAAAUCAAAGUCAUACAUAUGCCCCAAGUAGUCCAAUCUAGAAGUAUCCCAGUCAAGAUUUCAUUCGAGCUCCCAAGGCCAACUGAAAUAAAGACUAUUCCUUAAUGCCACUUUUGUCCGUUUAAGUCUUACCCGAUAGUAUAAAAAAACAUUUUCCCCUGCAUGCAAUGCUAUAGAUUUAUAUAAAAUGAUAUGUAGUAGCAAAUUGGUUUAACCCUUAUCAUUGGCCGUUUUUCUUUUUCAAAUGUUUUAUGCUCACUCUUUUAGCACACAGCCAAUGGUGUAAAUAGCAAAAAAACACGCACAAGAGCUGUUUAAUUGUAAUGCCACAUCUGUCCAAAAAGUUUGUUGUACAGCCCAAAUGUAACAUCCUUUCCCAUGUACAUUGUUGUCUCCCAAUAAUAAACAGUUGUUUCUCUGCCCCUAAGUCCCAGAAGAAACCCAGUCCAAGUACAGCAAUGUAAAAAAAAACGACCACAGAUUUCACUGGUUAGUAUUCUUCCACCAGUGCCACAGUACGACUGUAUAUCCCAGUUAAUCACUAAAUUUCCAUUUAUUUAAGUUACCAAUUUUUGUUUUGUUUAGUAUAAUGUAAAUGAGUGUCCAAAAGUUAAAACCCGUUAUUGGUACAAAGCUUACUAGAGUGAUUCACAUUUAACACCCACAAUAAGUUAGACCCGGUACCAAAAAUACCCAACAAACAGAUGAUGGUGCUGUUUAAUUACCAGUCAUCGCAGAUACACAGUUCUCAACCAUUUGUCAUUUUAAUCUCAGUCCGGUGUCGCAGAAAUCUGGUUUCACUACAAAAUCAUAUUUCUGCGAUACCGGCCGGCGGAUCAACCUAAGUAAAUUCCGUAUACGAAGACCAACAAGGAUCUCAACCAAGGUCGUAAGGAUGCAUUUCAUCUUCUUGCUUUAUGUACAAAAUAAACGAUAUUGAGUGAGCAGGUA